CACGAACGAGCCUAUUGUUACCGUUGUUGUACUAUUGCAGUGAUACCUCCUGUAAAUCGUAUUCAACAAAGACUCGCCUGUUGCUGUACCCAACUGUGGUACUGUUGUCCCUUUGUGCCCCUCCCCUUCUCCGUUGCAAUUCCAACCACAAAACACGCACACUUUCCAGCAUUUCUUAACUCAAUACGUGUGCUCCUACAUCAUGACCGAGAGAACCCUUCUUAAACAAACGGACACCGACACAACCGACACACUCAAACCGUCAACCCCCAAACCCAACCCGUCGUCUAAGUCAUCAGAUGGUACUAGAUACGAAAACUCCUUUGUUGCAUUUAUCGAGAGAAACCUGUUCCCGUUUUCUCGAACCGUUUUGUUCUUGUUGUACCUGCUUCACAUAUUUUCUAAGAACUCUACCGUCCAUACAUGGACCUCCAAGCUCGUCACGUUACUGAACCAAACUGGAAUUGAUGCCAACGGGUACCCCGUAUACGAUAUAUGUAAUGAUGAUGCGUUUGUGGUUCUUCACGGUGUGCUUCUUUUCAUGUUUAUUCGAUCGUUUUUGAUGAUCUACGUAUUUGCGCCAUUUGCAUCCUACACCUUCAGAAUGGACAAAAGAGCCAAGGUACGGUUCGCCGAGCAAAGUUGGAGCUGCUUCUACGCAUCGUUUUCCACCAUUUAUGGCAUGUAUUUGUAUUACAACUCCGAAUACUGGGGGCACUUGGAAAAUUUGUUCGCUGGGUGGCCUCACGACAAAAUGUCCACCUCAUUCAAGGCAUACUAUCUUAUGCAAAUAGCCUUUUGGCUCCUGCAAAUCAUUGUGUUGAACAUCGAAGAAAAGAGAAAAGAUCACUACCAGAUGUUCGGCCAUCAUAUCAUCACCAGUCUUUUAUGUAUUGGCUCCUACCAAAAUUACUACAUGAGAAUAGGAAACUUGAUCUUGAUCUUGAUGGACUUCUGUGAUGUAUGCUUAACGGGAGCCAAGGUCUUGAAGUAUGCCGGAUUCUCCACCCUUUGUGACAUCAUGUUCGUCUGCUUCUUAUUGUCCUGGGUGAUCUUGAGACAUGGUGUCUACAACUACCUUUUCUAUUAUGCCAUGGCCAAUGCCGAAUCCUUAAUGACUUUACAUCGGUGUGUCCCUGGCGUAGUGGAGGAAAAGUGUUGGAGCCGCUUUGUUCUCUACACAUGCUUUGUUCUUUUGGCCAUUUUGCAAUUGUUGUGUAUUGCUUGGCUAUACUCGAUUUCUAAAGUCGCAUACAGAGUUGUAUCUGGAACCGGGGCUGAAGAUGUGAGAAGCGAUUCCGAUGACAGCGAUGACGAAUUGGAAGAUGAACAACAGUCAAAUGAACAACAGUUAGCUGAAAACAAAAAAAACUAGGUACUACACCUACCACUAGAUCAUCGCGUGUAUAAUAUUUAUUUGGUAAUAAAAUAUUCUUGAUACUCUUUUACGCUGGGUUCAAAAACAAGCUCGUGUAGAGACACAACACCAUCACGCAGAACCCCCAGAUCACAAGAAUGUAUGACAACACCUUCAACACCGCUCCUGCUUUGGUGUUGUUGGUUGACAAUUUGUAUCCAAAUAGACCUGGCAAGAUAAACGAGAUGGCAGUUGAUCCCGUAGCACCGACAAUUGCCAACACCAACGCAAACGACUUGAUCGAAACUGCCAACACAUACCCGAGCAAUAACAAGCCCACGGUUAUGGUGUAGAAUCGUGGCUCAGGUAGCGGUACCACCGGUGGCUCUCUAGCAAUAUUGGGAUUUGAUUCGGCCAACAAGGGACCAUUCUCAUCAACUGGUUCGUUGAGGUAGCGGGUUUUCAACCAAAAGUAUAUGUUGUUGACGGAGAUUCGGGCUGGGUGCAACAUCAACGGGAAGGAGAAUAACACCAUGAAUGCAAUGCAGCUUCUCCCCAAAGUAGCAGAAACAGAUGCUGGAUACAGCAAAAUCACGUUUCCCGUGACCAAGUCUCCAAACGUCAAGUAUCCAGCCAACCCCACAAAGAUGAACAAGGCUGCAGAUGUGAAGAUGGCCACGUUCACCAACACCGUCAAGCUCUUCAAAGACUUGUCUUUCGCUUCGUUGAUGAUGGAAAACAUGUUCUGGUGACCGGUGAAUGCAAACACGAUGAUUGAGAACGUGCUGAAGACUCCAGUCACAUUGGGUGGAAAAUAUGACAAGUUGCCUUUAAGCUCCUGUGGUACGUCUCCUACCAAGAAAUGAGUAAUCACCAACAAGGACAUAUAAGCAAUAGCAACCAAUCCUAAAACCGAAGUGUACUUUAGCGAGUCCAAGUUUUUCAACAUGGCCAAUGGCACCGUGAUCACGGUUGAUGCCAAGAUCCAGAACGUCCGGAGAUUGUCUUCCUGGACAUGUGGAAUACGAUGUAUAAUCGUUGGCAUUAAAUCUCCCACAAGUACCAAGUAUGACAAGGCACAUCCAAAACAUUGGAUUGCAAUGGCCAAAUCGAAAACAACCGACAAGUUGGGGUACGACGCUGAGCACACACUAAAGAACGUGGCGUGUCCCGAAGGCACAAACCUCGAGACAUAAGCCUGUAAGAAUAACCCAAACCCUGAAGUAGCUGCCGCGAGAAGGAUGAUGAAUGUGCCAAAUACGAGGCCGUCAGUGGAGUAUGCCAAGGGCAUUGAGAGCAACCCCGCUCCUAUGAUGGUCUUUGUGAGGCUGACAGCCGACGACACGAACGAGGCACCUCCAGUUACAGGUUCCAUUAUAUUACCGGUGGUGUGUGUUCGUUUUGGUGAUUCGAUUGCAAUU